GUUCACAUUUACAUUAAAGGAAGCACAGGCAAAUAUAAAAUGUUAGGGAGGUUUUAGAAUAAUUUUCUGUAGUAAUUACAAUUUAUUUUGUGCUUAAAAUAAAGUAACUUCAUUUGACGGUCUCGCUAAAGGUGCUAAAAAGGAUGAAGAAGUCACUAAAAGCUUUAGUGUAUGGAGAAAAUGUGACGCCCUUACCAGCUUUUAAAGUGUUUUCAUUGUUUCUAAUGCUGGUGUUUAACUCCAUGAUGAACUCCUCUGCCCAUGCCUAUCUACCACAACUUGUGAAGUCUUUUGGAAUAUCUGAAGUGGAUACAGGGCAAAAUGUUGGAAUCAUUGUGUCCAGCUAUUAUGUUUCUCGCACUUUUUCCAGCUUGUUCUGGGGAUACUUGGCUGAUCGGAUUUCUAAAAAAUACGUUUUUAUAAUUUCAUCAAUUGGAACAGCAUUGUUCACCAUUGCAUUUGGUUUUACAACUAGUUUCAAGUGGGCUGUUGUCACAAAGUUUGCUGCUGGCUGUUGCGCCGGUAUGGUCGUUGUCAGCAAAGCAAUAAUAGCUGAUAUCUGUGACAAUACAAACAUGUCCCUUGGAGUGACAAUAAUAGUAUCCUCUUAUUCAACUGGAUUUGUUCUAGGACCUGUACUCGGAGGUUAUUUAUCAUUCCCUGCAGAGAAAUAUGAUGGUGUUUUUAGCAAAGAUUCUGUAUUUGGACGCUACAGUAUACUACUUCCUAACCUUCUUAUGGCGCUAGUCAUGCUACUGCUGCUAGUAAUAUUUGUAUUGGCUUUUGCAAAGAAAUCGAGCAAUUCAUACGAAGUGGUGCUAGAUCUACAAAGAUGCAAAUAUGGAGCAACCGAAAGGCGUAAAACAGUAUUUUCUUCUAUGUUAACUACCAGUCAACUGAUCGCGCAAUCUUCUCAAUGGAAGAGAUUAAAAAAUUGGAUGUUUAAUACGACAUUUUGUAGAUUGCUUCGGUUCAAAAGUUGUGUUAUGAGUUGUACACUAGCAGGAACGUGUUAUAUGCUAGCUGUAGCUUACCAAGAUAUCUACCCUGUCUUUGCAGCGACAGCAAAGGAAUAUAAUGGCUAUGGUUUCAGUUCACAGCAAAUUGGAUUGUGUCUUUUGAUCGUUACAUGUCUGAUGAUACUGAUACAGGUUCCAUUGAUAGGAAAAUUAACAAGUAAAUUUGGGUCAAGAAAGGUUUUCGUCUUUGCUUCUCUCAUGAUGGUAUUUUGUUUACCAAUGAAUGUAUCAAUUGCUGUAAUUAUCAACAAAUAUUUGUUUUGGAUAUGUCUGGUUGUAAUGUCCUUACUUACACGCCUUGCACUUGAAGGAGGAUUCGUCACUGUGAAUGUGUUUUUAAAUAAUUCUGUACCAUCCGAUCUGGUGGGAUCAGCAAAUGGAUUAUGUAUGUCUCUUACAUGCUUAACAAGAAGCGUGGCACCUACAUUAUUUGGCAGCGUAUUUUCGUGGUCGUUGGGAAACAUCAAAGACGUUGAAGAUAAUGAAAAUCCUCUUGGCUUUCCAUUCAAUCAAUACUUCACUUUUUACCUUCUUUCUUUUUUAAGCAUUUUUAACGCUUUCUUUGCAACACAACUUCCAAAACUUAUAGACAGAAAGCAAUAUUAAGCCCUGUCUUAAUCGUCAAAUAAAAUAUCUCAUGUAGAUAAUUAUGAUAUUUUUAAAAUAAACUAUACACAGACAUUUAAGAUUGGCUGGAAAA